AUGAUAUUUGGCAUUGUAUGCAAAUCCUGGCGCUCUGUGGUCACCAAGGAGAAUUUUAACAGUAACUUGCCUAGGGUUCUGUGGCUAAUGUUAGCUGAGGAAGGGGAUGAUAAAACAUGUAGGAAAUUCUUUAGUGUCUAUAAUGGCAUGAUUUUGAAGAAGAGGAUUCCUAAAGCGAGUGGAAAACGAUGUAUGGAGUCUAUGGGAUGGCUUAUCAUGGUUGGAAAAGAUGAGGGUGAAAUCAGUCUAUUACAUCCCUUCUCGAGUGUUCAAAUUCAAUUGCCGCAUCAAAUUACCACCGACCGUUAUGAGUUCAACCAGACUCCCGUUCCAUGGACCUUCGUCCAGAAAGCUAUUCUGUCAGCCAAUCCUUCUCAUACAUCUGACUACAUUCUCAUGAUCAUUGAGGGACACUACCAGUUCCUUAGUUUUUGGAGACCAGGAGAUUUGUUAUGGACCAGGAUUAGGAAACCGGUCUAUUUCCCACAUACUAGUGAUGUGGUAUAUUUCAACGGCCUCUUUUAUGCAGUUAGUUAUAGUGGCUGCGUCCAAGUUUGUGAUAUCAUUGGCUCUGAACCCACUAAAAGUCUUACCGUAGCACAGCUACCACCAUGGAUUGAUGGUAUGUAUUACAUCCUAGAAUCACUAGGAUCAUUAUUUGUAGUUUCACAAAAUGGUGUUGAUAUAAGGUACGUCAAAGAUGAUCGCGAAAGGACUCCAACAGAUGAAGAUGAGGAGAAGAAGAUGCACAUGUACAAGACCAGAAAUUUUCUAGUUUUCCAGAUCGAUUUAGCUGCUUGCAAAACUACGCCAACCAGGGAUUUAGGGGACCAAGCUUUUUUUCUGGGUGCUAAUGCUUCUCUUUCAGUCCAAGCAUCUCAAUUUCCGAGAAUCAAGCCCAAUCCACCGGAGAGAGGUUUUGGUUCAUUAAAGGCGCAUCUUGUCAGAUCCGUCCAGUUUACUGCCUUAGCAAGGAACUAUUUAUCUUGGAGAGUGUACAGAUCUGUAUUUCCGGUGACGAACAACCGCUGCAACUCAACUAAGUACGCCGAUGUGAACAGUACUCCGACGUGA